GGAGAGAGAAAAAAAGGGACGCUACUCGUGGUGGUUGACCGUUAGCCGGUCGCGUGCUUUUAUCCCGAAACAACAAAGAAGAGUUGUUUUUUUUACUUGUGUCGCCGGUGCCCUUCCCCAAGCGUUAAACUCUCGUUUCUUUUUUCUCCCUCAGUGCUCAGUUCGCUCUUCUAGCCUCGUCAGUUCGCGUGUAACGAUCUUCAGAGAUCGAGCAUGCGGUAACAAAGCAUUUUUGGAAAGAACAUUGUGCCUGCACUUGCGCGCGUGUCAAAAUUUAUCUGCUCAUUUUUCUACUCGUUUUCCCUAUUUUUGUUUGUAAUUCUUCAUUUUUAUGUAUCGCGAAUUGUAAAAAUGGCAGACAAUGAUACGUCAGAGGUCAUUCCCGAAAACAAGGAGCCCCAAACCAACAACGUGCUGCUAUUUCGUACGGCCGUUACAAAUUGUUUCAAAAACAUCGCCGAAUGCGUGAGCCAAGACGAAUUCAUCAACACCAUGACAGUUUUGCAGGCGCAACCUGCGUUGGCUAAGAAACUCAGGAAGGUUCUCGUCAAAGAGCUCUACGAAGGCAUGUGUGCCGAGUUGGAUGACAUGUUGACCGAUGGAGAUCUCGCUGCGGGGCUCGACAAAACUGCCAACCUGGCUAGAGAGGCUGCGAAUCAUCCGGAGAAAAAUCUUUGGCGGCCACCAGGCGACGUGAAAGAACAUUUGCGGAGUUUGGAAGCUCAGGCGAUCCUCGAAGAAAGCAACACUCUGAGGAAACAAGUUGAAGAACUGCAAGCUGAAAACGCAGCAAUGGUGAAAGAAAUCACGAGAAGACGAGCCAAAGUUCAAGCGGUUCACGAGCGCAUGAAUCGAGCGUCAAAAAUCUUACCUUCGGUCAUUCCCAAGCUCGAAAAAACAGUUGAACAACUUCAGGAGCUCGUCAAAUCGAUCGAGCCAACAUCACUCGAUCACACGAGCCAAAACUCGCUUGAAAAUACCUGACGAAUCUCACCAAAGAGAAAAUCGAGAAACAAUACAUUUUUUAUUGAAAAAAAUAGACUGAAAAACGUUCCGAUCGUAAAUUGUAAAUACGCGAUAACAAUUUUUUGAUUUUGACUGAAUCACCUCGACGUUUCUCUGUUUUCACCUGUUUUUUGAGUUUUUCGAUUUCAAAUAUCCUGGGAGAUUCUCUAAGCAUUUUUUUCUACGAUAAAUUAAGAUGAUUUCCUUGUUAUUGAUUGAAGUUUCAAUCAAGAUAGAUUAAGUGUUGAUUUUUUCGAAAUUUUACGAUUUUUUUUUUCAUCUCGAUGUAAAUAAUAAAAAUUUGUAAUAUCCG